GGUUAAGUUCGGAAUUAAAGAUCCUUGUUGGGCUUUAGUAUGGUCUGGUACAAGUUGAGUUUUCGAUUUCAAGGUUUUGAGUUAGCCACGUUAUUGAACAUAGUGAGGGAGCUUAAUUAGAACAAUAGCCCACUUAGAGUGCAUGAGCUACCCGUGUAUAAUUCUCAGAGAAACACGUUAGUAUUGAGGAAGUUUAUUCAGCUACCUGAGUGCAUGUUGUAGAUGAAGUGUAUAGCUGGUAAGGAGACACACGUCUAGGCUUCUGAACACCCAGUCACCCACCGACCCACCGACUCCCUCCUACCUAUUUCACCUUCCUCUCUUCUAGACUUCUAGUCUGUCCCAAAAACCACGCAGUGAAAGAAAACUCCAAAUUCCAGAACCAAAGUUUCCUUCACCGAAUCAAUUACCCUCUCCUUUAUUUCAUUAAAACCUUCACCAGUCUCAUUCUUCUUCCUGUGUAAUUUUCAUCACCCACCAUAGAAACCAGCCAUGAUGGUUAUUACCUGAAGGGAAAUAUGGGUGUCUGACCCAUCAUUUGAGAUUGAUCGUCUUAGGCUUGGAUUCUGGAUCGAUUAAGGUGGGACGGAGGAAGAGAGGAUUGGAGAAGUGGAUUCUAGCGUUCAUUGCUGCAAUUGGAAGUUAGAGGCGUUGGGUGUGGGCAUCAGCGAACCUAAUCAUUAAAUUGGUCAAGAAAGGGCUCCAGUUACCCGGGGAACAGAAGGUUCGUGACUCUCGGAGUACGGGAGAGAAAGCGUCAGAAUCCAGUGUGGAUGCAGGUACUGUGCACUGGUGAUGGGACAGUAGCGGAGGGAGCUGGGUGUGCAUAACAAGUUCGGUAAACCCUUGUCUGGAGUUGUGCUAAACCUCAUUUCUCAAACUUCGUGCUUCGGAGCUUGUUGUAUCUAGCCUCGGGUUAAAUUCAGUUAAAUUCUCUUUCAUUGAAAUCCGUACCCCGUGUGCGUCUUUAUCCAAGUUCUGAACAAACAAAGUAGUUCCUAGCAACCCAAGUUUUCACCUCAAAAUUAUUAGUAGCUUCCGCUGUGUUUUACGAAAAGUUUUCAAACAAAAAGCCUAGCGGUUCUCUAGAAUGUAAAUCGAGCGUUCGGUUUAUAUUUUAGAGGCUCGCGGCACUGUGACGUGCUUAAGCUGGUGAGGUGCAGCUUGGGGCGUUACACAUAUCAGUUGCAAUUGUGUAUGUAUUUCACACGGAUUUCCGUGGGAAUUCUAUUUAUAUUGAUCAAAUUUGAAAGGUAAAUCUCUCCCUCUCAUUUUUUUUGGAGAAAAAUAUCUCCCUCGAUCUCUCAUAUCAAAGGGUAAACCCCGCUAUCUCUCUCUCGACUUGCCCAGCACCGCGGCGAUGACGCAGUACGACCGCGGCGAUGACGCAGUACGACGUCACACCGCCAUCACCGAUUACCGCAAGAGGUUACUUCAGCACAAGGAGCUCAAAUCCGGAGUCCGCGGAAGUCAGAUUCGCACGCCAAAUCCUCCUUAUUCAUGUUCGAUUCUUCAUCUGCAACCGGAGAGCGUCUGUCUCGCCAUCGGCAAACCAGCUCACAAGCAAUUUGAAAGUCUAGAGUUCUAAUAGGAAAAAAAAAAAAGAUCCAAGCUGAAAACACAUUCAUCUCUUUCGACUCAGCGGAGGCGGCGACCGGUUAAUUAUGCUUCGGCUCGUGACAACAAAACUCUUUUUGACAUCGUGAGUCUGAAGGAGCCACUCCUAAGGGUGUCUUAAACGUCAUGAAGGUUGAAGGCUUGACAAUCUAUCAUGUAAAAAGCCAUUUACAGGUAUAUCAAUAGUUCCAUACUUGACUAGUUUUCUUUUGGCUCUAACAAGAUAGUGGUAGUAUAUAUUUUUGCUGGGCUUUUUUUUCUUUUGCAUGUAGCAAUUUUCAGAAAUAUAGAACAGCCACAUACAAACCAGAGUCAUGAUGAGAAGAAAUCCAAAACCUCCUUUGAUGGAAUUGAAGUCGUAGAUAUAGAUAUGACUUCUCUACCCUGAAAUAGGGCAUGAAGGGUAGGCUAGGCUAGCAGUCCUCUUCCAGCUGUCAAAAAAAUAUGGAGGCAACACUUAAUAAGAUCCAAUUUCUGGACUAAGCUAGGUACGUGCUCAAUCACAAAUUCACAAUGCCCUAAUAAGCGUUAAUGCAUUGAAAGCCUGCACUUUCUCAUAUGAAGGAAAAAACAGCAAUCAAUAAAAGUGAUCAAGCUAUCUAGCUCUACUACCUACAAGGUCACUGCGGGUUGAGGGUAUUCAGACAAAUUUAGUGCAUAACUCAAGCAAGACGGUUGUUGGAAGAUAUAAAACAUGGUCAACGAGACGAUGGUUGAAGCUGCGACGCCGGGCAAGGUGCCCAAAGUGGUAGUUGUGGUGUGCUUGUUGAGAGGGAACAAGGUGUUGUUGGGACGGCGCCGCUCAUCUCUUGGUGAUUCCAUGUCCCUUCCUGGGGGACACCUCGAGUUUGGUGAGAGCUUUGAUGAGUGUGCAACAAGAGAAGUGAAGGAAGAAACUGGUUUAGACAUUGACAAGUUACAGUGUCUGACAGUCACAAACAACCUGUUCUUAGACAAAGCCAAACCAUACCAUUAUGUGGUGAUUUCUAUCCGAGCAGUCUUGGCAGAUCAUCAACAGCCUCAGAAUAUUGAGCCAGACUUCUGUGAUGGUUGCGGUUGGUAUGAGUGGAACAUCCUCCCCAAGCCACUCUUUUCGCCCUUGGAAAAAGCAAUUCAGGCUGGAUUUAAUCCUUUCCUUUUUUAAUCUUCAACUAUAUGUACUUAUAUAUUACCACCAUGAUCAGCCUGUUAUUGUUUUUUUUUUU